CCGACAUGAAGAACAAGAUACUGUCCUCCUCUCGACCUCUGUUUAAAAGCAAGCCAGCGCAGAGCAUGAGGGUGUCUUCCUCCCUCACGCUCACUUAAAGUUUAAAAUGUCAGCCUUGCCGCUCGUCGCGACGCAGCAGCCAAAGCGCACGGGUCCCCUCAUGGAUCUCCUCGGACACCUCGUCGAAGCGUGGGACGCUGUGUCCUUCUUUCUCGCCUUGUACCUCGUCGACAUCAUCACUUUUGGCAGACCCGUCUCUCCGCCCUCUGGCAAGAGCGAAGGUUUCUUUGGAGCUGGACAACACCCCUCGGACAGCCAUUUUGGUCUGCAUGCGCGCAGUCGAAGCUACGAUGAACCCAGCUCGCCGAGACCCUCGGCGGCGCGCCCAAGUAAAGAUGCGAACUUCACCAGUUCCUCACCAACAUUGAUGCAGUACGACGUGCCGAGGUCGUCCUCGCCCCGCUCGAUGCGCUCCUUUUCCUCGUCAUCGGAUGAAGACGACGAAAAGAAGCACACGCACCUCCCCCGCCAUUUCCACCGUUCUGCGGACCAGUCGCGCGCCGAAGCCCGGCUGCAUCUGCAUCCGCAUCCGACGUCAACAUCGCAGCACGCUCUGCCGCACUCGAUGCUCCCGAUGCAACCAAGGCGGUCGUCCUUCUGGAGCGACAAGACGCGGAGAGAGUCAGUGCGGCGACGAUCAAGCGCGAGCUCUGGCCACGCGUCGUACCCAUCAACGAACCUCGACGUGGAAUCGCGCAGGCAGGCCUCGCUCACAUCAUCUCAGGACGGACGCACGAGCCCGACAGUCGGCCGAACGCCCCGAGCAGACAAUGGUCUGCACCACAAUCAAAAGGAGGUGCUCAGGCUGCAGGUCGAGAAGGCGCUUCGAUGGCAACCGAUCGUGAAACUCUUGCUCGUGGCGCUGCCUCUCACCGUGUUGUUUGUCGUGGGACUGUACGUGUGGACGCCAAGGCCAUUGCCAUUGCCGUCAUGGCUCAUCGACAUCGCGAAUGUGCCGUUGGGCGACUGGGUCAGAUGGGCGAGGAUGAAUAUUCCAGCGAGGGGGCAGGGUCUCCAGCUGCUCCAAACUCUCCUCGCUUCGGCUUCGCAGACAUGGAGAAAAGUAGUCGGGCGACUUUGAUGGAUCCUGGGGCUUCACUCAUGUAUCAUUGCUUUUUGUGUUGUAUACCCUAUCGUACUAAUGACAAUUACCGUAG